UUCACCCAAACCUUGCAAUGUAAAAAAUUAUAUAAAUAUCCCAUUUCUCAUUCCUCCUAAACAAACAGAUUUCUGUAUCAUGCUGUGUGUGUGUGUGUGUGUGUGUGUGUGUGUUUGUGAUUUUGUGAAAAUUAAAAGAUAUCAGAGCUUGAGUCAUUUAUGUGUGUGAACUCAUCCAUGAAUUUGCAUGCUAUCAUUAGCGGACCUUGUCCAUAAGGAACAAAACCAACCCACCGUACCAUCUUUCCAGAGAGAGGAGGAGAAAAGUAGAAGGAAGGAGGGAAGGAGAUGUUCACCACACAAACAAAAAUUUCCUUUUUUUUCUAACUCUUUUUUUUUUUUUGUCUAGGUUUAAACCUAAAGACACAAGCUGCUGUGCCACUCUCAGUGCAGCACAGAGGCAGCUGGUUGUCCUCACUUAUCUUUCUUUUGAUCAUUCUUUCUUCAUUUCACUUUAUUUCCUUGUGUACUGGAGUGAGCGCUGGGAUCUCCGAUAACCACAGAGAAAACAUCUGUAUAUCAGUGUAACGUUACCAUGCCGUCCAUGUGUCCACGUCUUGCCUUUGUGCUCCUCUUUGCCUUUUGGAGCUGGAGCUGCUCUAUUAUGGCGUUCCCUUUUAACAUGUCCAUGGAGGGCAGUGGAGACGAACAGGAAUUGAUUUUCCCAACAUCCCGCGCCACCCACAUACCCCCACCUUCACCCACACCUAUACUUAGCAUCACCACCACCUUCAUCCGCAUCAAGCACUUCCUGUUUCAUGAUGUAGUGGACUUCCUGCGUGACAAUAUGCUCCUCAUCAUCGUAGUGAUGUCGCUGCUCAUUGUCAUCAUCUUUAUUGCCUGUUGUGCCUCAGCCAUGAGCCACAAGCGCAAACUCGAGGCCUACUAUCCACCCAAGAAACAUGCACCCAGGAAGUACAUGGCUGUACCAAGCAAGGGGGCGGAGCAAGGCCUGAUGGAGCCCUACAAUGCCACCACGAGCUACCUGCGUGCACCAUCUAAAGCUCUAGUGGGUGAUAAGGACGGCAAAGAUCCUAGACCAAAACCAAAGGAGGUACAGAAAUCUGAAGAUGUGGAGGAAGUAGAGGUGCAGAAGGAAGAAGAAAAGAAGAAGAAGGAGGAGCCCAAGCCAAGCACGUCCACAGCAGGUAAUGGCCAGGCACCUGUGUGCACUUGUCACCUGAGGAAAGCAAACCAAGCCUCGCAUUGAGAAAACAAGCGAGUUGUUGAGGAUUGCCUCUCUUUAAAAGAACUUGUGGAUUUGGAUUCGUUGCUGGAAAUAAAUCAUUUUCUCUAAUUCAUUGGAUGGAGAUACAGAUAAGGGACCUUCUGCUUCUGGGAUGUCAGUUAUUCAAACUUGUACUAAGCAAUCUGUUGAGCUGAAUUUAAAGGGGAUAAGAUUAAUCUUUUAUACACCAACUUAUACAAUGCUAUACCUAGAUUUGACAAAACUGUGGCUACAUCCUUUUUAUUAUUGAAAAUGUUCUCUGCUUAAUAGUGUAUUCAUCAUCAUGCUAGUGAUAACGAUUGUUCUCUGGCUUAAUUGCAUUGAAUUCUUUGUAUUUAUCACAUUUCAAAUUUCUGAGAUAUUAGUCAAAUACCUUGAAAUGUAUAUCACCAAAUAGAGUAAAUGGCAAUAAUGAUUAUUUUUAAUAUUCAGGUCCGAAACAGUCUUACGUUUAUUAUUUUGGAAAUCAUUUGCUGUCUGAGGGUUUCAGUACCAAACCCAAUGUGGAGUAUUAACUAAGGAAUAAAACACUUAGGGGUGUGCUGGUAUGGGAAAACAACCAACGACGGAGUAGUGUGAUGCGGCCAUGAAUGUUUUGGAACAUUCAUGAAACAAGUUAGUUUCUUUUUAUCCAUUCCAUUAUAGCAACUAUAAACCGUAUUUCCCUCUGCUUUUCUCUCUAUUCUCUAUAUUCUCUAUUAAAAAUUUUAGCUUUUCACUUUACUGAGAAACCACAAAGUUACCUGUCCUAAAAUUAUACCUCUGACUGUUACAAAGUGCUGACACUGGAGACGCCUUCCAAAAAUGUCAAGCAAAAGUUUCCUUACAGUGAACCUCGCCAUAUCAACGAUUAAACAUUUUUAUUCGUUAAAUAAAUGUGUGGGGUUUUGAAAAAAAAAACCUUUUUAUUUUUAGUCUUAUUAUGUGGAGUAUCCGCUAUAGAAGUCCCUGUGAAUGAGUUGCUACUAUAGAAGCAACAAUGUAUUUGAAAGAGCGCAUUAAUAUAAACCUGUGAUUUGCUGUUAAUCAACAUCUUCUGACCAAUCAAAUUCAGGAAUUUAACAAUGCUGUGGUAUAACUAGUCUUAAGCAGUGUAAUUAUUUUAAGGCUGAUAUGUUUCUAAAUGUGUGCUUUGCCUUUCAGUUUAUAAGUUAUGUGACUUGAAAAAUAAGAACUUGACCUUGAGUUUCAUUUACAUGAAAUUAAUACGCAAAAAAAAUAAAGGUCAUUAUAAAGGUCACUAUUGUCACUAUUGUGGUGCAUCUUGUUUUCUUGUUUAAAAUGCUAAAGAUAAAACCUUAAGAGCUGACUUCAGCAGUCAGGAACCAUGUGCAUUUGAACACAACUUACUGGGGUUGUGUGUGUGUGUGUAUGUUGGUGAGCAUUUUUCUGGUUUAAAUGCAUCUCAGACCUCAAGGAUAUAAAACGCCUUGGGUCUGUUUACACUUUCGUAUUUAUGUGGUUAAACCCUAUCCGGAUAUGACCCUAAUACCCAAGACACAUAAUCUCUCCAGGUGUAAACAGAGUCGUUGUCGUCUUGUUUUCUCCAUGCCUUUUCAUUGAAUAUUUAGUGUUCAAUAAUUGUAUUGUCUUGUUAAGUGGCUUUUGGCAACUGUUUAAGUUAUAUCUGUUAUUUCAGUUAUAAGUAUACUUUGCAAUACAUGUUACAUUAAAUAACUUUGGCGGCUGUGAUGCACUUUGCGUCUUUAUUGUGUAAAAGAAAAACAGCACAAAUUACCACUGACCACUCUAAUAUCUAACUAAAUAAAACACUACAGAGCACACGGUGGCUUAGUGGUUAGCACG